AUGGACGAGAAGGAAGUUGUGGCAAUCCAUAAACCCUGGGACGAUGAUUGGAGCCCCGAUAUCGUAGUUGGGGUUGAUUUCGGAAUGACCUGCACAGGAGUCGCCUAUUCAAUCGGCCCAGAAUGGUUACCGCCGAGGACCAUCCAGCGGUGGCCGGGGAAGCUCAUCAGCGAGUUGGCCAACAAAGUGCCCACUGCGAUUGAAUUUGGAUCUGCUUCGCACAGCGUCAAGUCGUGGGGGUUUCUCUGUAAUACCGAGGAUCCGGCCUCGGACAUCAAAGAGUAUUUCAAGCUGCAUCUGGCUCCUGGCCCUCACCCGGACGGACAAAUCACCCGCACAGAGGCACAGCGAUGGCUUCAAGACUAUAUCCGUUGCAUCUGCCAGCAUGUCACUGCACAUUUCAAAGACACUCUUCCCUCUUUUGCCUCUUGCAAGGUUGAAUGGGUAUUCAGCGUGCCCACAACAUGGAAAGAUGUUCGUAUGGUGGAAGAAACGCGGCACCUACUGCAGCGAGCGAUCAACACUGGCAGUCCGGGAAUGUCGCCAGAGCAUAAUCGCGCCGUCAUUGGCCUCACCGAGGCAGAGGCUGCAGCUGUGUAUGCUUGUAAGGAACAUUAUCAGGUGAAUGAUAUCGUCCUCGUCUGUGAUGCAGGAGGCGGAACCACAGUAGGUAGAGCUCGAUCUGAUAUGAAAUCAAUCGUCCUGCGGCUGCUAACUGUGGAGGACGUCAACAUUCUCCAGCUCAAGUCCGCGCGCGGCGAGCCGACAAAACUCGAUCAGUUCGGCAGCGUUGAGGGACGACCCAUCGGCUCUGUUUUCGUCGACCGCGGGAUGCAUAGUCUCAUCUGCGAGCGGCUAUCCAAGGUUCACCACAGAUUGAAUCUGUCUCCAUCACACACGGCAUGGAGGAUGAUCCUCGGCCGAUUCCAAAGACUCAAAUGCGCGUUCGGUACCGCUGCAGCUGCAAAUACUCCAAGUCUCAAGUUGGAUGUUCCUGGCCUCAAGCCGGGGCCCGAUCUGCCGGAGGUCGAGAUUUACGACGGCCAGAUGAGCAUUUCUUGGGACGAUUUGCAACAUUGCUUUGACACAAAAAUAGCCGAGAUGUUUGACUUGCUUGAUGGCCAAAUCCGACAAAUGCAUGAUAGAUUCGCAAGUGAACGUAUCUCAUACCUCAUUCUGUCGGGGGGGUUUGGCAGCUCACCGUAUGUUCGGAAACGGCUGAUGGAAAGGUACAGCAGUGGGAACAGGAACGGACACGGUAGUACAGGAGCGAUGCGGGUCUUGAUGGCCGAGGAACCACAGCUUGCCGUUGUCCACGGUCUCGUCCUGGAUCGCAUCCAGCUAAUCAAGCGAGGCGUCAUCACUUUUGGAUGCCGAUGCUCCCCCGUCAGCUAUGGGAUCAUCUGCGAUCAGCUUUACGUCCCAGAGAAGCAUGCGGGCGAGCUUGUCCGGCAAGAUCCGCACGAUCAGCUCAGGUAUGCCAUUGACCAGGUAGAUUGGCUGGUUGUCCAGGGCUCACCCAUUCCUCCAACCGGACUCACAAAAGAGUUCCAGCUCAAGCUGGAGCCCGGCCGGGAAGCUGAGACCUUCCAGGUCCAUAUUGUCAUGUCAAUGUAUCCGCCCACACAGCUCCCCAGGAGCAUGUCUCACAAGGGCAUCGAGCGGGUGUGCACACUGCACAUUUCAACCGAGGGGGUAGAGAAGAAGCUCAAGAACCGCCACUGGUACAAUCGAAAGCCGGUCUUCUGGAAGGGCACCUUUAACGUCAGAGUCGUGGUGGGGCCUGCAGAUUUGGCUUUUCAACUGUGGUCCAAGGAUCAGAGAAUCAGGAGCAGCAGUCAUCCGCCGAUUGCAGUGAAAUGGGUGCCUGCCGGGGUCUAG